AUGUCCAAACUUUCAAAAGAUUACGUAUCGGAUUCAGAUUCAGAAGAUGAAGUGAUAUCAAACGAAUUCAGCAUACCAGAUGGGUUUAAGAAAUGUAAGCAUUUAAAGAGUUUUCCCCUGGACAGCGAUAAUACGAAAAAAUUUAAACAACAGCAGGUUUGGUUGCUCAAAUUUCCAUCGAAAGUGGACAUCUCCAAGCUAAAGUCCCUACCCAUAGAUUUUGAAUCAUCUGCAGCCAUGUCCAUUGAUAACCACGAUUACACUGUCGUGGAGGAUACAGAUAUCGAGACUUUGUCGACACAGGAUAACCAAAGUAACAUGUGCUUGUUGGCUCCGUCAAAAAACAAGGAGAAUCUUCAGAUCGCUACUACAGGUAAGGAUAGCGCGCCAUUACGAUUCGAUAAAAUUAUUUCUAUUAGUGAGGCUGCCAAGGUCCCGGCUAUUGACUUCGAUAAGGUAAGAGUUCCACGCAAAGAUGUCCCAAAAGUGGAAGGCUUGAAAUUGGAACAUUUUGCCACCGGUUAUGGGGCCAAAGAUUUUGGUGUUACUGAAAAUACAGUGACGAAAGAACAUAAGAAAACAUCAAAAAAGCGUUCACAUCAAGACGAUGAGGAGGAAGGAUCUAAGGACAAGAAAAAGAAGAAGAAGAAGGAGAAGAAGGAUAAGAAAAAGAAGCAAAGAGAUUAA